GGCGCCGGAGGAGCAAGUCCAGGCGGUGCGUACCCUGGUGGGACUGGAACCGGUGGUGUUUACCCCGGAGGAUCAGGCGCCGGAGGAGCAGGUCCUGGCGGUGCGUAUCCUGGAGGUACGGUAGCUGGUGGCGCAUACCCUGGAGGGUCUGGCGUGAAAGGAGGUGGCACGGGCGGGUCUUAUCCUGGAGGCGUGGGCCCUGGAGGCACUGGUUCUGGAGGUGCAUACCCCGGAGGAACUGUUGCCGGGGGUACUGGUGCUGGUGGAGCGUACCCGGGAGGCACGGGACCAGGCGGUGCAUACCCCGGUGGAGCAGGACCAGGAGGGGCCUAUCCCGGGGGCACUGGACAAGGCGGCGCGUAUCCUGGUGGUGCUGGCGUUGGCGGCACCGGAGCUGGUGGUGCUUAUCCCGGGGGUACAGGUGCUGGAGGAGCAUAUCCUGGCGGCGCUGGACAAGGCGGUGCAUACCCGGGAGGCACCGGCGCCGGCGGUACUGGCGCUGGCGGCGCAUACCCUGGUGGAGUCGGAACAGGCGGUGUCUUUCCCGGUGGAGCUGGACAAGGUGGCCUAUAUCCUGGAGGUACUGGAGCUGGUGGCGCGUACCCCGGGGGAUCAGGGGCCGGAGGAGCUGGACCGGGCGGUGCGUAUCCUGGCGGUACAGGUGGCGGAGGUACCGGAGCUGGUGGCGCCUACCCUGGUAGCACUGGAACUGGAGGAGCCUUCCCCGGAGGAGCUGGGCAAGGUGGCACAUACCCUGGAGGCACUGGAGCUGGAGGCGCAUAUCCUGGAGGAGCUGGACCUGGUGGUGCGUAUCCUGGCAGUACAGGUGGCGGAGGUACCGGAGCUGGUGGCGCGUACCCUGGAGGCACUGGAAGUGGAGGUGUCUUCCCCGGUGGAGCUGGGCAAGGCGGAACAUAUCCCGGUGGUACUGGAGCCGGUGGGGCAUAUCCUGGAGGUACUGGAGCUGGUGGUGCGUACCCCGGGGGAUCAGGAGCUGGAGGAGCUGGACCUGGUGGUGCGUACCCUGGCGGUACAGUCGCCGGGGGUACUGGAGCUGGUGGCGCAUACCCUGGUGGCAGUGGAACUGGAGGAGCCUACCCCGGUGGGGCGGGGCAAGGCGGUGCAUAUCCUGGCGGUACUGGAGCCGGUGGCGCAUACCCUGGAGGGGCUUUCCCCGGCGGUGCUGGACCAGGCGGUGCUUAUCCUGGAGGAGCGGGAUCUGGAGGAGGCGUCGUUGGUGGUGGUGGUGCAGGAGCGGGUGGUGGUUAUCCUGGCGGUGCCGGACCUGGUGGCUCUUAUCCUGGAGGCACUGGAGCAGGUGGUGCCUAUCCCGGAGGAACGGGCGCUGCGGGAACUGGAGCAGGUGGAACGACUGCAGUAGGCUUCCCUGGAGGUGCUGGCCCCGGCGGUGGUUACCCAGGUGGUGCAGCGGGCGGAGGGUCGUAUCCCGGCGGUUACCCGGGAGCUGGCGGCGCGGGGGCUGGUUACCCAGGGGCAGGUGGAGCAGGGGCCGGCUAUCCAGGGGCAGGCGCUGGUUAUCCGGGGGCUGGAGGGGCAGGCGCUGGUUAUCCGGGGACUGGAGGGGCAGGCGCUGGUUAUCCGGGGGCAGGAGGGGCAGGGGCAGGGGCUGGCUCUGGUGCUGCUGGCGCUGGUGCUAUUGGUACGGGUCCACUCGGUGCUAACGAGGGUGACGCCAUCGCGACAUCAAGCAUCUCGUCGACCCCUGACGGUCUGACGAAACUCGGCGCCUCGUCAAAGGGCCGUUUCGGCUCCGGUGUGGCCCACACAGCGGUUGACGGCAGCUACUCCGGCACAGGCACGUUUGCGGCCUCGGCCCAGACCGGUGACGAGCUCAAGUCCUCCAAGACGUCCGUGUCUGGGUCGCCCCAGGGCUCCCAGAGCGUGGCUCAGUCGCACGGCGGGCGGGAGCAGGCGCAGACCCAGGUGUCCAUGGGCCUGGACGGCAGCGGCACGAGCGCCAUCUCCACGAGCCAGGGCCUGGUCUACGGCACCAACACGCAGGUGCAGGCGGGGCUGGCGGGCGGCAUCGCGGACGCGCAGAGCCGCGGUCCCGGGGCCACCGCGUCGCAGGCACAGAUCGGCUUCCUGCCGCGGAACCAGGACCAGCCCAACCCUUACCGGGGCGGGGGCACCGCCACGUCGCAGUCCGGGCCCCUGACUGGGUCGUCGACGGCAGAGAUCGAGGGUUCCUACAGGUACGGCAUCUCGUACAAGGGCGCGGCGCAGGCCGCCUCAGGGCGUCCUCUACCUCAGUCCACCAUGCGCCUCCAGGCGAUGAAGGCCUUUAACGAGUCGCAGUCCGUCGAGGAGCAGUACACUCGGGAGACCAACUCCAGCAGCAGCGUCAUCGACGGGAAGGGUUCGAGCAGCACCGGCCGCACCCUGACCGAGCAGGAGGUCGAGAUGCUGGCCCGCCAGACCGCGGCUCACAGCAUCGUCUUCAACGAGACCCUCACCAUCUCCACGCUCAACGAGACCGUUACGUUUGACUCGACGAACACGGAGGUCCGGCCACCAACAGGCAGUCCGAACUCGAGCCCGGCAACUCCGACCGCAACAGAUGAUGAUUCGAGCAAGGAGCCCAAUAGCCUAAGGGGGGACACGACGUUCACACCGCCCCACCAGCAGCAGGCCAGCACGCCCGCUCCUGUUGCGGGCGGCGGUGGAGUGGAAGACUUUGACGAGUACGAAGACUACGAAGACGAGGAGGAGACCGAGUUCGACGACGGCCACCAACAAGGCCAGCGCCCGCCCAAGUACGUGGACGGAGCUCCGCGGCUACCGGAACGCGGCGACCUUUUCUCGUCACGGCCCACCCCCAAGGCUGAGAUGGAGAGCAUCCCCCAGCAGCAGCAGAACUCUGUCAAGGACACCGUCAAAGACGCCACUAAAGCUAAGGGUGGCGGUAAGAAGGGGAAGGCAGGCAAGAGGAACAUGAUGCGGCAGGGGGGGCGCAGGAGCAACAACCGCUCCCUGGUGCGUAGCGGCGACACGGUGUCCGGGCCUGUCCCGGAGGGCUUCGUCAGCGUCACCAAGAGCGUCACCGGCCAGUUGCCUGCUGGCGCGGGGGCGAACAGUCCCGGGGCAGUCACCGCGGGGGGAGACGCCGGCGACCCGAAGACCUUCUCGCACACGUACUUCACGGCGGCCUCAGCGUGCGGCUUCUUCAGCUACUCCUGCAACGAGGUGUCAGGGGCAAUGGGCAAAACCAAUAUUUGUAAGCCGGGCACCACACCCACCAAGAUGGACGGGACGCCGUGCUGAGAUUUCCUUUUCAUCGUCGAUAGUGACGACGGACUGCAUUUUGUACAAACUUUUGACAGACUGUAUGUAAAUAAGCACCUUCCUGGUAUGUAUUUUAUUUGCAUUUAGUUAACGUAGUUAUUGAUGUAAUGGAUUGACAUACUGUGUAGUCAUGUUUUUGACAGACGUGUAGCUAGUCCUUGAAAUGGUACUUAAACCAAACAAUAUCACA